AUGGAGAACAAACUGCGUAAGAUCCCGCUGUAUAACGCGUUCGAGGGCGACAUGCCGCGGCGGCGCGCGAAGCUGCAGCUGGCGGCGUUGCAGAUAGCGCCGGCGGCAGCGACCGGCGAGCACCUCGCGGCGUGGGACGAGGAGUGCCGGCGCGUGCUGGAGAGCGUACAGCAGGCGCGGGCGCAGGGCGGGGAGUGGGAGGCGUGGUACGAGCAGACGUACCUGCGCAAGCAGCCGCCGGGGCUGCUGGAGAGCGGGACGCUGCGUCCGCGGAGGAAAUAG